CGUGAUGGCCGAAGUCUCCGCUACCACGCGCUGCGCCCCCAUCCUCUCUCUCUCUCUCUCUCUCUCUCUCUCUCUCUCUCUCUCCCGUGCCUUUCUCUCUCCUCUUUCUCCCCGCUAUAUAAUCUUCAGCUGCUCCCCACCUCUCUCCUCACCAAUUCUUGUCAUCUCAUUUGAGGCUAAACAGGCAGAUAUCUAUUAACCGUCUACAUGGAAGAUCAGGUUAGCAAGAAGCGAGUCCGGGACGAGUCCGAGUCGGACUCGGCCGAGGUCAAGAGACUCAGGGACGAUCUCCUGGGUCUUCUCGAUGACUCAGAUCCCGGGGCGGAGACGCAGGAGCUCGAUUCGGUUAUGAUGAGCUUCGCUCAAGAGAUAUUAGCGACGUCGGAGGCGGCGGUGGCCCCGAGCUCCGGCGAGUCCCAGCCCGAGUUAGGGUAUCUUCUGGAAGCUUCGGACGACGAACUAGGGCUGCCUCCGUCCGGUGAGUCGCCGAGCGGCCAAGGGGGGAAGAACGAGGAAACUGAGUCGGACCGAGUCACGUAUGACUCGGUCGGGUUGGGCGAGUUGUGGGGGUUCGGCGACGAGAUCCCGAGUUACGACUCGUUCGAGUUGGGAAAUGGCGAGAGUAAUGAUGACAACAACGGCGGCGAGUACGUGGCGCUGGGCGGGCUGUUUGAUUAUUCGGACAUGGGUUUCGGUUCGUACGAGUUUUCGGACUUGACGUGGCGGCCCGAAACGCUGCCGGCACUGUAGCGCUGUCCAGAACGUUUCUUUCGGAUGUGACGGGGUUUUUAGCAACUCCGUGUGUAAAAAUGUCUUUCUUUUAUUUUAUUUAUUUCUUUUUUUAAAAAAAAAAAAAAGGUCAAAAGAGCCUGUAGCGGGUAGGAUGAAAUUAUGAAACCGAACGGUUUUCACAUCUUAUAGUCCAGUACGAUGUCGGUCCGACAAUGAACCGCAUGAUGACAGAAUAUAUACAAUUUAUAUAUAUAAAAAAAAAUGGUUAUAUAUUAUUUUAUUA